AUGAGUAUUAUUCGAAUAAGCAAUCGAUUUUUGUCGAUAUCGACAAUAGGUCGAGCAACAGCUAUUGUUGUAAAACCAAAUCCAUAUCAUUAUCAUUAUGGUAAACGUAUAUCCUCGAUUGAUACGAAUCGUCUACUAUUAUUAUCAUCAACACAUAUUCGUUCAUUUCAUUCAUCAUCAAUACUUUUCGAUGAUAAAUCUAAAAUAGAAAAAACAGUCGAACUAUUAAAAGAUGGGUCUCUGGAGGAAAAAACAAAACCAAUAUCAACAACACCAACGAAAACAACCGUUCCAGUUAUUCCUCCGGAGACAACAGUUUCUACGACAAGUACACCAGCAACAGACUCAUCAGUUGUUAAACGUAAAUCACUUUGGGAACGUAUUGUUCAUGAAUUAAAACAUUAUUAUAAUGGUUUUAAAUUAUUAUUUAUUGAAACAAAAAUUGCAUUUCGUCUUCUAAGACAAGUUUUAAAUGGUCAUACAUUAACACGACGAGAACGAAAACAAUUUACACGUACGGCUGCUGAUUUAUUUCGACUGGUACCAUUUUCUGUUUUCGUCAUUGUUCCAUUUAUGGAAUUUACAUUGCCAAUAUUUUUAAAACUUUUUCCAAAUAUGUUACCAAGUACAUUUCAAGAAGCAGAUAAACUACAAGAAAAAUUAAAAAAACAAUUAAAAGCAAAAUUAGAAGUUGCAAAGUUUUUACAAGAUACACUUGAAGAUACAGCAUUAAAAUCGAAAAAAAAACGUUCAGAUGAUACAUUAACAACACAAUUUGCUGAGUUUAUGAAUAAGAUUCGUUCAACUGGUGUUCAACCAUCAACUGAAGAAAUAAUGAAAUUUUCAUCAUUAUUUGAAAAUAAAUUAACAUUGGAUAAUCUUGAUCGUCCACAAUUAGUUGGUUUAUGUAAACUUCUUGGUAUAUCAACAAUUGGUCCUGAUUAUUAUCUUCGUUUUACACUUCAUUUAAAAUUACGUAAUUUAGAAGCUGAUGAUAAAUUAAUUGAAGAUGAAGGUAUUAAUAAUCUUACUGUUGAAGAAUUACAAGCAGCAUGUCGUGAACGUGGUAUGCGUUCACUUGGUGUUAGUGUUGAACGUUUACGUUCACAAUUACAACAGUGGCUUGAUCUUCAUCUUAAUAAACGUAUACCAUCAACUAUUUUACUUAUAUCACGUGCACUUUAUUUACCGGAGAGUGUUCCACAAGAAGAUAUACUUAAAGCAGCUAUUCAAUCAUUACCAAAAGCAAUUGAUAGUGUAACAGCUGUUAAAAUAGCUGAAGUUAGUGGUGAACGUGUUGAUAAUACACAACGUAUUGAAGCUAUUAAACGUGAAGAUGAAGCUAUUAGAAAAGAAAAAGAAGAAAAAGCUAAAGAUAAAAAAUUAUCUGAAGAUGAAAUGAAAAAGAAACAAUUAGCUGAACAAGUUGUUGUACCAACAACACCAUUAGAUGUUCCUAAAGCAGAAAUUCUUGUUGAUAAAGCACCUAUACUUACUGAUCAGAAAAAAGAAGACAAAAAAGAUGAUCAACAAAUUGAUGUUGGACAAUUUGAAACAGCACUUGAACAACUUGUUCAUCAAAAAGCACAAGAAGUUAAAACAACAGUUGAAGAAAUUAAAGAACUUAAAGAUGAUGUUAAAGAAUAUAAAGAAGAUGUUAAAGAACUUGAAACAUUGGCUGCAACAAAACACGUUAAAUACUUAAGUGAAACACGUUCUGCUAAGGCACUUUCAAAACGUAUUGAUAAACUUGUUGGUGAUCUUGAUCACAUUGUUCAAUCACUUGAUAAAAAACAAGAUUCACUUCAAAAAGAUAUUGAAACUCAAGAAGAUGAAUUAAAAGUUGAAGUAAAAACGGAUCAAAUUCAAGAGCACAAAGAUUUUCUGACAGAAAAAAAAGAUAUUCUUGUAUCAACUCAAGAAUUAGUUAAUGCUAUUCGAGAAAUUCAAAAAGUUUCAAAUCAAUCUACAGAUACUCAAGUUUGGGAUUUAAUCAAUCAAUUUGAUCAUAAUAAAGAUGGUUUCAUUGAAGCUGAUGAAAUAUUAAAAGCACUUGAAAUAAUUGGAAAUGAAAAAGUUAAAAUAUCGAAAAAACAUUUGAAAGAAAUAAUUGAUCUUGUACGAAAAGAACAGAUUGUUGAAGAAAAAGAAAGAAAAGAAGAAAUGGAUGCAAAAAUGAUUAUUAAUCAAAUAAUUCAAGAACUUAUUGAAAAUAUUCAAUUAAAUGUAUUUUAUGAACAUUUUACAAAAGAUGAUGAACAAAUUGACUCUUAUUUAUUAAAUUAUUUAGAAACAGCUCGAAAAAUUUUAAUUAAUGAUGAACAAUUUCAAAAAGCUAAACCUUAUGUAAAAAUUGUUUUGGAAUAUUCAUGGGAAAAAUUAAAUACAGGAAUAUGGCAAAAUGUUAAAGAUGCUUAUAGAUAUUUAUAUGCUUAUGCUUGUUAUAUUGAUGUACUUGUUGAUUGUAAAAUAUUAAUAGAAAAUAAUACACAUGAUAAUUAUCAAGAUAUUAUAAAAAAAUGUGAUUUAGGUAUUUUACUUGGUGGACCCAUACUCGAAAAACAAUUCAAUGAUCUUAUUUCAAUAAUUAAUCAGAAUUUCAAGAAUACUCAAGAUGAAGAAUCUAGUACGGAUUUUCAUUCACCAAAACGAAUUCGUCUUGAUGAUAAUAAUGAAAAUGAUAAUUUCAACUGGAUGCCAAGACCAAUUAUUGAUUUAACAAAAGUAGUUGAACGUAUUCAUUGUCCAUCUAUCGAACAAUUUCUAACAUGCUAUAUGAAAACAAAAAAACCUGUUAUACUCACCGGUUGUAUAGAUCAUUGGCCAGCAUUGUCAAAAUGGAGUUUUGAUUAUUUGAUUAAAUUGGCUGGUGAUCGGACAGUACCAAUUGAAUUAGGUAGUCGUUAUUCGGAUGAUAAUUGGACACAAAAAUUAAUGACAAUUGCAGAUUUUGUCAAACAAUAUUGUCAACGAAGACCUUCACAAUGUGGUUAUUUAGCACAACAUCCUUUACUAGAUCAGAUCCCGGAUUUAAAGAAAGACAUUUGUAUACCAGACUAUUGUUAUAUUAGUUCCGAUGAAAACGAAGAUGAAGAAGUUGAUCUUAAUGCAUGGAUUGGUCCAAAACAAACCAUAUCACCAUUACAUAAUGAUCCAAAACAAAAUCUCCUUGCUCAAGUUGUUGGAGAAAAAUAUAUUCGAUUAAUUGAUCCUAUUUAUUCAUCAAGAUUAUACACACUGGGUUCAACGAUGUUAAACAACACUAGUUCAAUUGAUGUUGAAAAUCCUGAUUAUGAUCGAUUUCCUCUUUUCAAGGAUGUUCCUUAUCUUGAAUGUAUACUUCAACCAGGCGAUAUGCUCUAUAUGCCAUCACGUCAUUGGCAUUAUAUGAAUUUUACAGAAUUAUUUAACGUAACAUCAUAUCAAUGUUCAUUUUCACCUGACUGUCAAUAUUUAGCAUGUGUUAAUCAAUAUCGUUUAAUAAUACGUACAUCAACAACAUUAGAAAUAAUAAAUUUAUUUGCUUGUAUUGAUAUAAUUGAUACGAUUGAAUGGUCAUAUGAUUCACGUUUUAUUUUAGCUGGUUUAAUUAAACGUAAUGCUGUACAAAUAUUUUCAUUAGAUAAUCCAGAAUGGAAAUGUAAAAUUGAUGAAGGUUCAGCUGGUCUUUGUCAAGUACAUUGGGCACCAGAUUCUCGACAUAUAUUAACAACAGCACAAUUUCAUUUACGUAUAACUGUGUGGUCAUUAACAUCAAAAAAUGUUUCAUAUAUUAAAUAUCCAAAAAAAAUUUCACCUAAAUCUUAUAUAUUUAAUUUAUCAAAACCAUAUAUGGCAUUAGUUGAACGUCGAAAUGAUAGUACGGAUCAUAUAUCAAUAUUUAAUUAUUCAACAAAUUGGUCGAUGAUUGCACAUUUUCAUGUCAAUGAAUUAGAAGAUCUUCAAGGUAUUCAAUGGUCGCCAAGUGAUGAUGUUUUAUGUUUAUGGGAAAAUUGUUAUGAAUAUAAAAUUGUUUUUUGUAAACUUGAUGGACAAAUAUUAAAUAUAUAUAAACCUGAAAAUGAUCAUUUAUCAUUAGGUGUACGUUGUGCACGAUGGUCACCUACUGGACAAGUUAUGGCUGUUGGAGAUUAUGAAGAAUAUAUAACUAUAUUUAGUUAUUUAACUUAUAAAAAAAUUCGAGAACCUUUUCAACAUCCACAAAGAUUAUCAUCAAAAAAAGGUUAUACAAUUUUAAAAGAAGAAGAAUAUCAGAAUGAUAAUAAUGAAGAAACAAAUGAGAAAAGUCAAGGUAAACCUUACUCAUCUUCUACUUAUUCAUCAGCACUCUUAUCCAAUCAUGAAUCAAACAUUUCAAUUGAAUCAAAAUAUAUUAUAUAUAAUGGUACGCUUCAAAUAGAUCCAAUAAAACCUAAUCUUGAUCGUGCUAAUCCUCGAUUAGGUGUAUCAUCCAUUGAAUUUUCAAGUUCAGGCCGAUAUAUGUCAACCAUUAAUGAAACAAUGCCAAAUAUUUUAUUUAUAUUUGAUUUUAAACCAACAUUUCAUUUAGCUUUUGUACUUAUUCAAGUCCAACCAAUACGAUGUAUUAAAUGGGAACCAAAACGUGAUCAUUUAGCAUUAUGCACACAUAAUAAUUGUUUGUAUAUUUGGUCACCGCAAGGUGCUUCUUGUAUUAAUUUACCCAGUGAAUCGUCCAAACAUAAAAUAGAUGAAUUAAAAUGGAAUAAUCAUAAUUCUAUACCUAGUAUUGCAUUGAUUGGACAGAAUACCAUGUGUCUCGGUUUUAUUGAUCUUAAUAAUGAUACGUAA